GUAAUAAUGAAGCAGUAGAGUUUCUUCUUCAAUUAGGUUACAUUGAUUAUACUAAUGAAGGAGGCAGGACAGCACUAAUGUUAGCUUGUGAAAGAGGACGUGAGGACAUUGUACACAGUUUACUGUCUGCUGGAGCUAAUGUUGACUUUCAGGACAAUAAUGGAGUGACUGCACUAAUGCUAGCAAGUAAACAUAAACACAUUUCAAUCAUUCACAUGUUACUACAAGCUAAUGCUAAUCCUCACGUGAAAACAUUAUAUGGAUCAAAUGCUGUAAUGAUUGCUAGUUAUUAUGGUAACUGUGAGGUGUUAGAACUAUUGAUUAGUAAAGGAGUUGAUUAUAAAUAUCAACGAGAAGAUGGUUGGAAUGCUCUUGCAGUUGCUUGUCAAAAUGGUCACAUUCAAAUUGUUGAACUGCUGCUGAAGAAAAAAGUUGACCCUAAUGUUCAAAUAAAUAAUGAGGAAGGGGAUGCUUUAAUGUUGGCUUGUCUAAAUGCUCACACUAAAAUAGUUGAACUAUUGGUGAAGGAACAAGUUGAUCCUAAUGUACAAAUUUGGAAAAAUGGAACUAAUUCUUUUAUGCUAGCCUGUCAAAAUGGUCACAUUCAAAUAGUUGAGUUGUUGCUGAAGAAAAAGGUUGAUCCUAAUAUUCAAAGGAAUGAUGGAGCGAAUGCUUUUAUGCUGGCUUGCAAAAAUGGUCAUACUAAAAUAGUUGAACUGUUGCUGAAAAAACUAAAAGUUGAUCCUAAUGUUCAAGACAAAAAUGGUAUGACUGCUUUAAUGCUUGCCAGACAUUUUAAAAUAGUUAAGCUAUUAUUAGAAUGGAAAGCUGAUCCAACUAUUGAAUCUAAUGAAGGCCACACUGCAUUAUAUUAUGCCAAAACUAAUGCAACAAAGACACUGCUUAAUAAUUAUUUGGAAAAAAAGAAAAAGGAUACUGCUAAAUAUGGAUCUCAACUAACAUUAUCCAGUGGAUAUCAUACAGUAUCAGAUAUUAGUAGUACAAGAAGUUAUCCUUCUACUUUAACUUUAGAUUCAGCAACAGAAGACUCUGAAGUAGAUACUAAAACUUAGUUCAUCAUUAUUUUGUGUAACAAUUUUUAAAUUCUUGCUGCUAUAAUAAUUCUUACAGACAUUUUGUUUGUGUAGGAUUUUGAGUGCACUGCUAAUGGAA